AUGGGCUGGAAGAGUCGCUGCUGCUGGGGAGGCGGAGGAGGAGGGGACCGUCUCUGCCUGCUCACCCUCUUGCUGGGGUUCCUGCUACCCGCCUGCAGGACUCGAAUGUACACCAACCACUGGGCUGUGAGGAUAACUGGGGGGCAUCAGGAAGCCAGCAGGAUAGCUAGCAAAUACGGAUACGUCAAUAUAGGACAGAUUGGAGCACUGAAGGAUUAUUACCACUUCUAUCAUAGUAAAACAAUUAAAAGAUCAGUUCUCUCAAGUAGAGGUACCCACAGCUUCAUUUCAAUGGAACCAAAGGUGGAGUGGAUACAACAACAGGUAGUUAAAAGAAGGAUAAAGAGGGAUUAUAAACCUGGUGGUACCCAAUCCACUUAUUUCAAUGAUCCCAAGUGGCCAAGCAUGUGGUACAUGCACUGCAGUGAUAACACCCAUCACUGUCAGUCAGAUAUGAACAUAGUAGGUGCUUGGAAGAGAGGCUACACCGGAAAGAAUGUCGUGAUCACCAUCCUGGAUGAUGGCAUUGAGAGAACCCACCCAGACUUGAUGCAGAAUUAUGAUUCGAACGCCAGCUAUGAUGUCAAUAGCAACGAUAUUGACCCCAUGCCUCGGUAUGAUGCCAGCAACGAAAACAAGCAUGGAACUCGUUGUGCUGGAGAAGUGGCAGCCAUUGCAAACAACUCACACUGCACAGUAGGAAUCGCCUUUAAUGCCAAGAUCGGAGGAGUCAGGAUGCUGGACGGUGAUGUUACAGACAUGGUGGAAGCAAAGUCUCUCAGUCUGAAUCCACAACAUAUACACAUCUACAGUGCCAGCUGGGGUCCUGAUGAUGAUGGGAAGACUGUGGACGGACCUGCUUCUCUAGCACGUCAGGCCUUUGAGAAUGGCAUCAGAACGGGACGAAAUAAGUUAGGUUCCAUUUUUGUUUGGGCGUCUGGAAAUGGUGGAAGGAGUAAGGACCAUUGCUCCUGCGAUGGCUACACCAAUAGCAUCUACACUAUUUCCAUAAGCAGCACAGCUGAAAGCGGAAAAAAACCUUGGUAUCUGGAAGAAUGUGCAUCCACCCUAGCUACGACUUACAGCAGUGGGGAAUCCUACGACAAGAAAAUAAUCACCACCGACCUGAGGCAGCGUUGUACAGACAGUCAUACUGGAACCUCGGCCUCUGCACCUAUGGCUGCAGGCAUCAUUGCAUUGGCACUGGAAGCAAAUCCAUCUCUGACCUGGAGAGACGUACAGCAUAUUAUUGUAAGGACUUCACGUGCAGGACAUCUGAAUUCUAAUGACUGGAAAACCAAUGCUGCUGGUUAUAAGGUGAGCCACUUAUAUGGAUUUGGACUGAUGGAUGCUGAAGCUAUGGUGAUGGAAGCAGAAAAAUGGACAACAGUCCCUCAACAGCAUGUGUGUGUGGAGAGCACGGAUCACCAAGCCAAAACAAUACGGCCCGACAGCCAGGUCCACUCAGUAUACAAAGCCACUGGCUGUUCAGAUAAUUCCAACCACCAUGUGAUCUACUUGGAGCAUGUGGUCGUGCGCAUCACUAUCACCCAUCCUCGGCGUGGAGACUUGGCAAUUUUCCUAACCUCUCCUUCUGGAACAAAGUCGCAGCUAUUGGCUAACAGGUUAUUUGAUCAUUCCACAGAAGGUUUUAAAAACUGGGAGUUCAUGACUACUCAUUGCUGGGGUGAAAAAGCAGCAGGUGACUGGAAGUUGGAGAUUCAUGAUACCCCAUCUCAGCUGAGAAGUUUCAAGUCUCCAGGCAAAUUGAAAGAAUGGUCCUUAGUUCUUUAUGGGACAUCCAUCCAGCCUUACUCGCCAAGAAACGAUUUUCCCAAAGUGGAACGAGUGCGCUCCAGUCCAGUCGAAGACCCUACAGAAGACUAUGGGACAGAUGACUAUGCAGGUCCAUGCAAUGCAGAAUGCAGUAAAGUAGGGUGUGAUGGACCAGGACCAGACCACUGUACUGAUUGUCUACACUAUUACUACAAAUCUAAAAACAACACACGGAUCUGUGUUCCAAACUGCCCACCUGGUCACUACAAUGCAGACAAGAAACGCUGUAAAAAAUGCUCACCCAAUUGUGAAACCUGUGUUGGAAGCCACAGUGACCAAUGCCUGAGCUGUAAAUCCGGUUACUAUCUAAAUGAAGAAUUCAACGUCUGUAUUACCAGCUGCCCCGAUGGAUUUUACCUUGACAAGAAUAAGAUUGUUUGCCGGAAAUGCAGUGAGAACUGUAAGACAUGUGCUGAAUCCCAAAGUUGCACAGAAUGCAGACAUGGCCUAAGUUUAUAUGGAUCCAGAUGUGCAGUCCGCUGUGAAGAAGGAAAAUAUCACAAUGGCAGGGAAUGUGAACCGUGUCACCGUUCCUGUGCAACAUGUGCAGGCUCAGGAGCAGAUGCUUGCAUAAACUGCACAGAAGGUUAUUUUUUGGAGGAUGGGAGAUGUGUGCAGUCCUGUAGUGGUGGUUAUUACCUUGAUCACUCUCUUGAAAAUGGAUACAAAACCUGCAAAAGAUGUGAUGCCAGCUGCUUGGAAUGCAGUGGUCAAGGAGACAAAAACUGUACAACUUGUCCAAAUGGCUAUAUCUUAGAUACCGGCGUCUGUGUAAUUGGAACAGUCUGUAAGGAUGGGGAAUAUGCCGAGCGUGUGGAUCGGUGUCUGUUCUGUGAAGCAUCCUGUUCUAAGUGCACAGGGCCAACUCAGAAUGACUGUAUCGGCUGUGCAACCACAAGAUUUUUUGAUGAUGGACGGUGUGUGCUGCAAUGCCCCGAAGGGAAAUUUGAAUUUAACAACCAAUGCCAUUUGUGCCAUCAUACCUGCAUGGAUUGCAGUGGAAGUGAACCAAACAAAUGUACUGCUUGUGGUACAGACAAGAGAGGGAAAAAACGUUUCCUGUACAUGGGAGAGUGCAGAGAGAGUUGUCCACAAGGCUACUACCAUUCAGAGAAGAACGGUGCCUGUCUGUCUUGCUUAGAGCAGUGUGAAAUGUGCCUCGACUCCACCCAGUGCAACAGAUGUUUCAAAGGAUAUUACCUAGCUGAUAACAGGUGUCUGAAGCACGAGUGUAGAGAAGGUGAAGUGGAGGACCCUAAUUCUGAAGACUGCGUGCCAUGUGCAGAUGGAUGCCGGAGUUGUCAGCUGGAUGACCCGAGAAUAUGCAGAGCAUGCAUUCACAAUUACUAUAUGUAUAAGCAGCAUUGCUAUAAGAACUGCCCUGAGAACACCUACGAUGAUGAGAGUACUCUCCAGUGUAUAGAAUGUGAUGAAAACUGCAACAGCUGUGACCAGUACGAGUGCUACUGGUGUAAAAAAGGCUUUUAUCUCUUAGAUGGGAAAUGUGUGAGUGACUGCGGGGCUGGUUUCUACAGUGAUGAGGACUUUGCAGAAUGUGAAGAGUGCCAUAGGACCUGUGCAACAUGUGAAGGGCUCAACUUUGAUGACUGCACCAGCUGCAAAGAGAAUUUACAGCUACUGCAUGGGAAGUGUGUGAAUCCAAAAAACAUGGUAGUGGAGGGGAAAUUCUGGAAUGACUCAAAAAAGCAGUUCCAACGAUGUGAUACUUCAUGUUGGACCUGUGAUAGAGCUGCCGAGGUGUGCACUUCAUGUCCAGAAGGUAAAUUUCUUCUUGCUGAGAGCUGUGUACGUACAUGCCCUCGAGGGACUUUUGGCGACCUGAAAAGUGGGAAGUGUGAGAAUUGCACAGAUGACUGUGAAAACUGCUCUGGCCCCAGGCACUGCCUGAAGUGCCAGUCUCAGCCACAGCGGCCGCUCUACCUACAUGAAGGCAGAUGCUUUCAGGAGUGCCCCACGGGGUAUUUUGCUGAAACUGGUACGUGCAUCAAGUGUAGUGGAUCCUGCAAGACGUGUGAAGGAAAUGCCACAAAAUGUCAGUCCUGUGAAAGUCCUUUGCUUCUGGAGCAAUGGGAAUGUAAAAGCUCCUGUUCUGAGAAGCACUUUGCCACCAAUGGAAUCUGUAAACACUGCCCUGAGAUGUGUCAGGAAUGCAUUCAUGAAAGUGCAUGCAAAGUAUGCAUGGACCAGUUUUUCUUGCACAAUGGGAAGUGUCUGCCGGAUUGCCCUUCUGGCUUUUAUGCUGACUCUAGGAGUUGCUCUCCUUGCCAUGAGGACUGCAAAGAAUGUGAUGGGCCUGAUUCGGAUGACUGUAAUGAGUGUGCCAGCAGGUCCUUUGUUUUGCACAAUGGCGAGUGCUUUGGAGAAUGCCCAGAAGGGACUUACUAUGAAACAGAGACUGAAGAUUGUCAAGAGUGUGACAGGACAUGUCAGAUUUGCUCCUCUUCCACUGCCUGCCUUACCUGUAAAGAGGGCAUGGUGAUGAACAGCCAGGGUCACUGUGUGACAUCCAAGUAUUGUUCUCUCACUGAGUACCACGAUGAGCAAACUCAGACCUGUAAGCCUUGUCACAAGAGGUGCUCUCGCUGUACAGGGUCUGCUGAACAUCAGUGUCUUAGCUGUCCAAAAAAUCGGCAUCUUCUCAAUACAACCUGUGUAGAAGUGUGUCCUGAUGGAUAUUAUGUUGACAGUGAUGAGGGACGAUGUUUCACAUGCCACAGCACCUGUGAGACUUGCUAUGGAAAACACAACACGCAGUGCCAUACCUGCAGAUCGGGCUGGUACAAACAAGGAAAGGGAUGCGUACAAGUCUGCACAGUUGGAUAUUAUGCAAACAAUUCCAUCGGAUUGUGCGAGAGAUGCCACAAGAGCUGUAAAGAGUGUUUGGGACCUCAGCCCACAGACUGUCUGUCCUGUGAUACAUAUUUCUUCCUGCUUCACUCCAAGAAUGAAUGUCUCCCCUCUUGCCCUGAAUAUUAUUAUGAGGAUCGUGAUACAAACACCUGUGAAAGAUGCCACCCUACUUGCAGCUCCUGUGAAGGGAAGGGAGCUCUCAGCUGUACGUCCUGUGUGUGGAGUUACCAUCUAGCAGGUGGAAUCUGCUACUCUGAAUGUUUUGCUGGAGAAUACAAAGUCCCAGAGGUACUAUCUAUACACAAAGACCAAUCAGAAUGUGAAAAAUGCCAUGAUACCUGCGUAGAGUGUAAAGGGCCUGGACCCCUCAACUGCACUGUGUGUCCAGCUAACAUGAAACUCUACCUGGACGAGGGCCGCUGUGUGCAGUGCUGUGAUGGCUCUAAUCUCACAGAAACCCAGGAGUGCUGCGACUGCAGUGAAACACAAGAUGAGUGUGUAUUACAGACCAUUCUGAACCUACCAACUCAAAGCAAAGGGAAAACUGCUUUGUUUGUUGCUACCUCCAUUUUGCUGAUCCUCUGCAUUGGAGCCAUUGUAUUCAUCUGGAGAAGAUCACGAGCCAAAGCCCAGACAGUAAACAAAGGUGGGUACCAGAAGCUGACAGAUCAUUCAAAACCCUUCCCUUCUUACAAGAGCAACCACCAUGACAGCACCAGCUAUCAAGAUGAUCAAGUGAUUGAGUAUAAAGACUGGGAUAAAGAUGACGAAGAAGAUGAUGAUGAUGAUAUUGUAUAUAUGAGCCAGGAUGGCACAGUCUAUCGUAAAUUUAAAUAUGGACUUCUGGAGGAUGAGGAGGAAGAUGAACUGGAAUAUGAUGAUGAAAGUUAUGCAUUUAGAUAA